UGGUUUUCUGAACUGGAAGAAAUGUGGAUAAGAAUCAUUCUGAAGUCAGAGCAAAAAAUUAUCUUCCUGUUUGUCUAAGCUGUCCAUCACUUAUCUUUAUAGACAGCAUAUGACAGAAGGCAAAAUCAUCUUCAUUGUUAGUAAAAGCUGGGGAGUGAAACUCCAACCAAGAACACCAUCCAGGGAACAACUGUAAUCUGUACAUACAAUCAAUGUGACUUUGCUGUGAAGCUCGAGGUCAUUACCUAUCCUGGAUACAUGGAGCAUAUACAUAAUGUUUCUGAAUUCAUUCUCUUGGGACUCACCCAGAACCAGGAAUUAGAACAAGUGUGUUUUGGUUUGUUUCUAUUAUUUUAUAUUGCUACUGUAUUAGGAAAUCUCACCAUCAUUGUCACAAUUCAAAGAAGCCAGACUCUGAACUCCCCCAUGUAUUUCUUCCUAAGUUACCUCUCCUUUGUAGAUAUCUUCUAUGCUUCUGUUACAGCCCCCAAACUAAUGGCAGACUUACUCAUUGAGAGGAAAACUAUCUCCUUCCAUGGCUGCAUUGCACAGCUGUUCCUAGUCCAUCUCCUUGGUUGCACUGAGAUCUUCCUCCUCACAAUGAUGGCCUACGAUCGUUACAUAGCAAUUUGCAAACCUCUUCAUUAUACUACCAUUAUGAACAAGCAUGUAUGUAGCUGGAUGGUAGUGGCCUCAUGGACAGGGGGCUUUCUUCACUCCAUAGUACAGACUCUCCUGACCACCCAGCUCCCUUUCUGUGGACCAAAUGUAAUAGAUCACUUUUUCUGUGAUGUGCACCCUUUGCUGCAACUAGCUUGCACUGAUACUUACAUCAUUGGUAUCAUAGUGGUUGCCAAUAGUGGAAUGCUCUCCUUGCUUUGUUUUGUUGUUCUGAUGAUAUCUUAUAUUGUAAUAUUAGUCUCCUUGAGAACCCAUACCUCUGAAGGGCGCCUCAAAGCUCUGUCCACUUGUGCCUCCCACAUUACAGUAGUGCUUAUAUUUUUUGGACCUUGUAUCUUCUUCUAUUUAAGACCUUCCACUACCUUCUCAGAAGAUAAGACAGUUGCUGUUUUCUAUACCAUCUUCACCCCUAUGCUGAACCCAUUGAUAUAUACACUGAGAAAUGAGGAUGUGAAGAAUGCCAUGAGAAAAUUAUGGAGCAUUAAAGUAAAUUUCAGAGAGAAAUGAAAAAAAAAUGUGUAGAUCAAUGUUAGUUGAUCAUGACAGUGAAUAAGAAGAAUAGUGUUCAGCAGAGGUUUUAGGAAAAUCUUCAUUACCUUAUGUCAAUUCUUCAGUGCAAAUUCUGAGUAUUUUUGCCUGAAUUCAGGGUUGUAUACUUCCAUCUUACAGUUACUUCUGAAAUGGUUUGAUUUUCAUAUUAUAUUUUAGAAACAUUGAAAAUUAAUUAUGGACUUUUUAAGUACUUUCUUUUUUGGGAAUAGUCAUGGUUGAGCAUGAAACAGUCACAAAGUGCUAAGAAGAUGUUGCUUCCUAUUGUAGUUUAUUUCAUAAUUAUCCAACAGAUUACUCAUUUCAUCUUUCUUGAAAGCAAAGAUUAGUGGUGACUGCAAGAUAUGGCUUCUGUGGCAGACAGGACACAUAGGACAUAUGUUAGUUGCAUUGCCUUAUAUUAAUAAAGGUGCUUAGAUGUCAGCCAUGUAAGAGAACCUGAGUAUAAUAGAAUUUUCAUCUGUUAAAAUAAUAUAUAUGUAUU